AUGUCAUCAGGUCAUUCCAAUCUUAUUCGGCUUCGUGAAGUCACCUUGUGGAGAGACGAUGUCUGGAUGGCUAUGGAUCUCAUGCGAUGCUCUGUUUUUGCCGUUCUUUGUCAGAGAGGCAUUCCUGAGGAGCACACAAUUCACAUCGCUUGUGAGGCACUCAAGGGAUUGAACUAUCUUCAUUCUAAGGGAUUCAUUCACCGUGAUAUCAAGUGUGAAAACCUUUUGCUCGGUUGGAAUGGCGAAGUAAAACUAGCUGAUUUUGGUUUGGCGACUCGUACAACCAGACGUAAUCGUGACCGAUUGGGUACAAGCAAAUGGAUGGCUCCCGAGGUAAUUCGGGAGCAGUAUUAUAGUGAAAAGAUUGACAUGUGGUCACUUGGUAUAACCAUUAUCGAAAUGAUGGAUAGAGUGCCUCCUCACUACUUGAUCAAGGACGAAAUGGAACUCUUUAGCGUCAUUCUUCAUGAACCUAGUCCUACCUUUACCUAUAGUUACCCUACAAUGUACAUGCGCGGAUUGGUUGCUUGGUUACUAGAUGAACAACCUGCUACAAGACCCAGUGCAAAGGAUGUCCUUUCUGUAAGUUUCUAA